CUUCACCUCUAGUUCCGAGGAUUUCCCACGUCGAUGAACAUUUUACAUCACUUACCCCGAUCACUUUUUGCUUGCCAUUGGAGAUAAUGAAACCUCCUCCAAGACUAGCAACUUCGGAUGCCUUUUCGACCCAAACGGCAGAAACUGAGAAAGACAGGCGGGGAGCGACGGGGAUGGCGUGAUUUGACUCCAUCAUGGCUCAUCUCACGAUAGCGUCUUAUCGCCAGCCAAGAACUCAGAUUUUUUUUAAACCGCCGAAUUUACCGAUUUCCUUUGAAUGACAUCCGUUUCAAAUUCCAUUCUCUACAAAACAAUGGCCCCAGACGCUGCUGAUCAGUCGCCCACCGGGGCAAGCGAAAAACAACCCGCCAGCAAAACAAACCAAACUAGCCCAUCUACUGGAGAUGCUGCACUCGAGCUGCUGGGAAAUGGGGCCCUCGGUGGGCCUCUGGACCCUGAAGCGUCGGCGCGUCUGGUUCGCAAGAUCGAUCUGUACGUGAUGCCGCUGAUCUGCAUCGUGUACUUCUUACAAUACCUCGACAAGAUCGCCGUGUCCUAUGCCAGCGUGACAGGCGUUCGCGAAUCAACAAACCUGCAUGGGAACCAAUUCAACUGGGUCUCGAGUAUUUUCUUCUUCGGUCAGCUGGCCCUGCAAUUCCCCACCAUGAGACUCAUCCAAGCGUUCCCCUUGGCUCGAUACGUGGCCUUCAACGUGACGGUAUGGGGCGCGAUCCUGGCUUGCAUGGCCGCGUGCAAAUCGUUCGCUUCGUUGAUGGUCUGUCGGGCGCUGUUGGGCGCUGCCGAGGCCGCAGUUGUGCCGGCUUGGGUGGUCUUUACCUCGCAGUGGUAUCGCAAGGAGGAACAGGCAUUCCGGGUCGGUCUGUGGUUCUCGAUGUGUGGUUUCGCACAGAUGUUUGGAGGUUAUAUCGCAUAUGGAGUGGCCGUCCACAUCGGCGGCGAUCCGUCGGCUGCGCUGCGCGGCUGGCAGGUCAUCUUUCUCAUUCUGGGCUUGUUCACCGCGAUCAUCGGCAUUAUCUUCUUCUUCAUCCUGCCAGACUCGCCCGUCACGGCCUGGUUCCUGUCGCCCGAAGAAAAGGCUAUGCACGCCGAGCGUUUGCGUGGCAAUGAACAAGGCAUCGGCAGCACCGUCUUCAAGAAGGAGCAGGUCUACGAGGCGUUUCGAGACCCGCAGACGUGGAUGUACUCGUUCUGGGUGUUCGCGGCCAACAUCCCCAACUCCAUCGCCACCAGCUUCGGAAACAUUCUCGUCACCGGCAUGGGAUACUCGUCGACCCAGAGUUUGCUGCUGGUGACGCCAUUGGGCGCAUACGAGGUCGUGGCUCUCAUUGGACUGACGUAUCUUGCCAUGAGGAUGGAACAGCGCCUUCUCUGGUGUAUUAUCGGUCACAUUCCAUCGAUAGUGGGUGCCAUUCUGAUGGCUACUACCGACAAGGCCCCGGCCCUGGUCGGAUACUAUCUUUCCGGAGGGAUCCCCAUCGGGUGGACGACGAUUCUCGGAUUGACCAGCACGAACGUGGCCGGCUCGACAAAGAAGAUCACUGUCUCUUGCAUCCAGACCGUGGCAUACACAGUGGGCAACAUCAUUUCGCCUCAAACCUUUGCCCCGAGUGAUGCGCCUCAAUAUCUGCCAGCUAAGAUUUCCAUCGUGAUCUUGUACUUCCUCGUUACUGUGGACCUCUGCCUCAUCCGAUGGAUGUUCAUCCGCGAGAACCGCAAGCGAGACCAGGAGAAGGCCGCCCUGGGAGACGCCUACGUGGUGCCAGAGAACCACGAAUUCUUGGAUCUGACGGAUCGACAGAACCGGGAAUUCCGAUAUGCAAUUUAAUUGUACAUAGCCAGACAUAAAACUACCAUACCCAGGAAAUAG